AUGUCGUUUCUAUUCAAUCGCAGCAAGCACAAAACUCCACAAGACAUUGUCAAGUCUCUCAACGAUGUGCUUCAUCGUCUAGAUACGGCCUCUGUUACUGACAGAAAAAAGCUUACCGACGAAGCAACUAAAAUGUUGGCCCAAAUUACCGUUUUACUCUGCGGAGAUCAAGAAAAUGAUCCAGUACCUGAUCAAAUCACAGCUUUGGCUCAAGAAAUUUACUCUUCAGACAUGUUUCUUUCACUCAUCACCCAUUUACCAAUGCUAGAAUUCGAGUCGCGCAAAGAUGUGAUUGUCGUAUUUUCUACUAUGCUUCGACGUCAGAUUGGUAGUAACUCUCCCACUGUGGAUUAUUUGGCAACAAAACCAAAAAUCUUUGACGCAUUACUGAUUUCUUAUGGGAACCCUGAUAUUGGUCUCACUGCAGGUACUAUUGUGCGCGAUUGUAUGAAGCAUGAAGUCUUGUGUCGUGCAGUCCUCAAGUCACAAGUAUUUUGGACCUUGUUUGAUACAGCUGCAAACGCCCAGUUUGAAAUUGCAACAGACGCUUUUGCUACCAUCUCAGACGCACUUUGCACUCAUUUAAAAACCGCAACUGACUUUUUGACUGCCCAUCAAGCGCGGUUUAUUCAAAAAAUGAUGAUGCUUAUGACCUCAGACAAUUAUGUUACCCAGCGACAGUCGCUAAAAUUGGUCUCCACUCUGAUUCGACGAAGAUCAAACUAUUCAUUUAUGACGGCAUACAUUUCGGAUCCUACUAACCUCCGAGCUGUCAUGGUGCUGUUACGCAACAAGAGCCCAAUUAUGCGAUUUGAAGCUUUUCAAAUCUUUAAAAUUUUUGUGGCUAAUCCUAAAAAGACAAAACCUGUUCAUGAUAUUUUACUUCGAAAUAAAUCACGGCUAGUGGAGUUUCUCAAAACCCUCAAUUCUCCUACUAAAAAAGAUGAUGAGACAUUUAAUGAUGAACGAAACUUUAUUAUUUCACAGCUCUUAAAUUUACAGUCCUUUAAUACCCCAUUGCAGCAGCAGCAGCAGCAAGUUCAACCCCCUGUUCAGCAACAACAGCAACAACAGCAACAAACUUUCCAACAAGUGCCCCCUCCUUUAAAUUCAGCCAGUAAUGCUACAAGUUCCUCUUCACCUCCUGCAGCUUCACCUUCGUCUCUGCAGCCAGAGUCUCCCUAUCCGGGACAAGCCACGCCGCAACGCUACAUAUCCACCCCGACUUCGCAACUUCCUUCUCAGCAGAGACAGCAAAUGGAGCUUUUGCAGCAGCAAUACAGCAAUAUUAACUUAUAUACCCCUUCUGCAAGCCCAGCUCCAAGCGCAUUCAAUUCUAAUGCAAAUUUAAAUGGAUAUUUUCUGGGGGCUGCUGUACCUUCUUCUUCUUCUUCUUCUUCUUCUUCCUCUUCUGUGGCAGUUACUGGGGCUACGACAGCCACCCCUUUGGCUGGUACCGAAUUGGAUCAUGGUAGCAGCUUGGCCCCCUCGGACAAUCAAAAUGGGUCCAAUAUUUUCUCUAAUGGAGAAGAGUUGGCAUCAUACCCUAAAAGCAGCCAUGUUAAUUUGGCUCAACACUAUUCCCAGCAUGAUGGUCUCAGCUUUAUCGCCGAACCAAUAACUGGGGUUACUGGCAGAAAUAACGGGGGCAGUGGUGGUGGUGGCAGUAAUAGCAACGGUAGCAGCGCAGGCCCAUCUAGUGCCAAUAGCUCGGUAGGUGCUUCAUCUGCCGGAGUCUCUCGUCUCAAACCCCAACUCAUGGGUGCUGUCGGAUCUGCUGCCGUCCUAACCCCGGUUGUUCAGACUGAUCAGGUACUACUUUAUCCGGGCGCUGCGCCGGCCGUCUCGCCCGUCCCUCUGACUGUACCCUCGCAAUUGUCGUCGCCAGUCUUUCAACUUAAUACCAAUGCAUCGGGAGCUAGUCUCUCGCCUAGUCCCACCACUGGCUCUGCUUCUGCAAGCUCAUCAAGUGGCGCUGUACACAAGUCUAUAUCGUCACCCUUGCCUACAGCCGCAUCGCCAGUGGCUGGACAUUAUACUAACCAGCAUACUAACACUCCCAGCUCUGCAUCAUCUUCGUUAUACAACUUGACGCCAGGCAAGCAUGGAACUGUAGAGAUGCAUAAUCAUCACCAACAGCAGUCUAGCUUGGCUUCAAGCCCAUCAUCAACUUCUUUGUCUCGCACUCGAUCUCGUUCUAGUGCUGGUUCUCCAUCGGCAGGUUCCCGAGGCGGCGUCGAAGGCUACGGUGCCAGCGGGUACGGUGCUAGUGGUCACGGGUCCCCUCCUCCAGUCCCUAGUUUUGCACAGCAGCAACAGAUGAUGCAGCAGCAACAGCAACAGCAACAGCAACAGCAACAGCAACAAAGAUAG